AUGGUUAAACACCAACCGCUGCAGUACUACGAGCCGCAGCUAUGUUUGUCCUGUCUGACGGGGAUCUACGGCUGGGGCCGGGAAAGGGACGGGAUCUCCGCCUGCCGCUGGAAACGGUACCAGCGGUCACAUGAUGACACCACCAAGUGGGAGCGCCUCUGGUUCCUCAUCCUCACCUCGUCCUUCUUCCUGACCCUGGUCUGGUUUUACUUCUGGUGGGAAGUUCACAAUGACUACAAUGAAAUCAACUGGUUUUUAUAUAACCGAAUGGGAUAUUGGAGUGACUGGUCCAUUCCAAUACUUGUAACAACUGCUGCUGGCUUUACGUACAUUACAGUGUUACUGAUACUAGCACUAUGUCACAUAGCUGUGGGGCAGCAAAUGAACCUGCACUGGCUUCACAAGAUUGGCCUGAUGACAACCUUGAUAACUACCGUGGUGACCAUGUCAUCAAUAGCACAGCUUUGGGAUGACGAAUGGGAGAUGGUAUUUAUUUCAUUGCAAGCAACAGCCCCUUUCUUGCACAUAGGAGCACUUGCAGCAGUCACGGCCCUGUCAUGGUUGAUAGCGGGGCAGUUUGCACGAAUGGAGAAAGCCACUUCUCAGAUGUUGAUGUUCACUGCAUACCUCGCAGUUGUAGUUGCACUUUACCUCGUCCCCCUCACCAUCUCGUCCCCUUGUAUAAUGGAGAAGAAGGCUCUGGGACCAAAGCCAGCCAUUAUAGGUCACCGUGGAGCACCGAUGUUGGCACCAGAAAACACUCUGAUGUCGUUCCAGAAAGCAGUGGAGCAGAAGAUGUACGGAGUCCAAGCUGAUGUCAUACUGAGCUAUGAUGGAGUGCCAUUUCUGAUGCACGACAAGACACUCAGGAGAACAACAAAUGUAGAGGAAGUGUUUCCAGAGCGGGCCUACGAGCACUCCUCCAUGUUCAACUGGACUGACCUGGAAAAGCUCAAUGCCGGAGAGUGGUUCCUACAGAACGACCCUUUCUGGACGGCCGGCUCGCUCUCGAGGUCUGACUACUUGGAAGCUGCCAACCAGUCAGUCUGCAAGCUGGCAGAUAUGCUAGAGGUGAUCAAGGACAACACAUCACUCAUCCUGAACUUCCAGGACCUGCCACCAGCUCAUCCCUACUACAACACUUACAUCAACAUCACUCUGGAAACCAUCCUGGCAUCGGGAAUUCGGCAACAGGCUGUGAUGUGGCUGCCAGACACGGAGAGGCAGCUGGUCAGACAGAUUGCACCAGGUUUCCAGCAGACUUCUGGCCUCAAGCUGGAUGCAGAGCGCAUGAGGGAGAAGGGCAUCAUGAAGCUCAACCUGCGUUACACCAAGGUCACGAACGAGGAUGUCAGGGACUACGCCAUGGCGAACCUGAGUGUGAAUCUCUACACUGUGAACGAGCCCUGGCUAUACUCCAUCCUGUGGUGCGCCGGUGUCCAGUCGGUCACCUCUGACAGCUCCCACGUCCUUCGCAAGGUGCCUUUUCCCAUCUGGCUAAUGCCUCCAGACGAGUACCACCUAAUCUGGAUCACGUCUGAUCUCAUUUCAUUUAUUGUAAUUGUAGGAGUUUUUAUAUUCCAGAAGUGGCGCCUAGGAAGCAUCAGGACCUACAAUCCAGAGCAGAUCAUGCUCAGCGCUGCUGUCCGCCGGUCCAGCCGGGAUGUCAAGAUCAUGAAGGAGAAGCUGAUCUUCUCAGAGAUCAACAACGGCGUGGAGACCACGGACGAGCUGUCUCUCUGCUCCGAGAAUGGCUACGCCAACGAGAUGGUCACCCCCACAGAUCACCGGGACACCAAGCUGCGGAUGAACUGAGGGGCUCCGGUCCAACCCUGGCACGUGGCAUCCCCCACGUUUGCUCCGGCAGCGAGAGCCAUGCUCUCCUGCUUGCUGUGGGAUGGGAACCUUUGCGGAACUGCUG